AUGGCGGAUUGCAGGGACAAAUGUGCCGAUGACUGUUCCUUUGAUUACGCCGAUGACAAGCAACGAGGCGUGUGUCUAGUUAAGCCAGAAUUCAUUAUCGAGGACCAUAUAAGAUUAUUAAGCUCGGAAUGCCUAACUGCAGAUGAUAAGCAAAAGAUAAAUGUAAAAACAAAUGAUAGCAAAAAUGAAAUGUUAUGCGAAGAAGAGCCUCCUAGUAAAAGGUUCAAGCAGGAUGACAAGAAAGAAAAAUUACGGGGUCAGAAUAAGGCAAGACCUCCUCCUUUUAAACUUCCAAGAGAACAUAACCUAUGUCCAUGGAUUGCCGAUCUUUGCAGCAAUGAAGCCGAUAAGACAUGUGAAAACAAACAUUGUUCAUUUAUGCACGAUCGAGCGGAAUACUUAAAAAUUAAGCCAGCUGAUGUCGGAGCGGAAUGUCAUAUUUUUAAUUUAACUGGAAAAUGUCCUAGGGGAAUUGCUUGCAGAGUGGGAGCUAAACAUAUAAGUUCCAAUGGUUUUAAUAUCAUCUAUGAGGAAAAAUUUAUUGCAAGUAAGACUAAACCACCAUCGAUUAAAAAUCAAAUAUCGAAGGACCUUCAAAACAAGCUUAGGAAACACAAGUAUAACUUUACUAAAGCAGAAAGUAUUGUAAAGGCAAAUAAUCCUUCUAAAAAGAUGAAUUCCAGUAAGACUUCUGACUUUCAGAUGCUGCCUAAAGUGCAUCAGGAGGAAGCAAAGAGCAAGAUUGUAAAUGGUUCUAAUAAAGAAGGUUCUGAGAACGAUCCAAAGAUAGAUUCUACACCUAUCACGGAUACCAAAGAUGAGAAUAUCGCUAGUAGCACAGAGGCAAAAUUAGGACCAGUUGUGGAUUAUGACUUAAUUGCUCUAAGAACUGGGGAGAAAAAAAAAAUUGACUGGAGAGAUAAGAUUCUGUUAAGUCCACUGACCACAGUUGGAAACUUACCUUUUAGGAGAAUCUGCAAAGAGUAUGGAGCGGAUGUAACAUGCGGUGAGAUGGCUCUUGCUCCUAAAAUUUUGAAAGGAGCACACGAGGAGUGGGCUCUGGUAAAACGGCAUGAGUCAGAGGAUAUAUUUGGUGUCCAACUUUGUGGUAAUAAUCCUGGAGUUUUAACUCGCUGUGCUGAACUACUGGAAGAACAAACUGAAGUAGAUUUUAUUGACUUGAACUUAGGAUGUCCAAUUGACUUGAUUUACAGACAGGGGGGUGGUAGUGGCAUGCUCAAUCGAUUGAAUGUGCUAGAAACGGUUAUUAAGUCCGUCAGCCAAGUUCUGAGUAUUCCCUUGACCGUUAAAACUAGAACAGGAGUUUAUAUGGACAAGCCAAUCGCUCACAACUUGAUGCCUAAAUUUCGUGACUGGGGAGUGUCUAUGAUUACUGUACAUGGUAGAUCCCGUGAGCAAAGAUAUACUAAGAAAGCUGACUGGGAAUACAUAGAAAAAUGCGCUGAAGCAGCUAAACCAAUUCCCGUGUAUGGCAAUGGAGACAUACUGUCUUUUGAUGAUUACGAGAGAGCUCGGAAAGGUUAUCCUGCAGUGUAUGGAGUUACGAUAGGUCGAGGUGCCCUAAUUAAACCAUGGAUAUUUACAGAAAUUAAAGAGCAAAGACUAAUCGAUAUAUCGAGUACUGAAAGAUUUGAAAUGCUGAAGAAAUAUACGAAUUACGGCCUCGAACAUUGGGGUUCUGACACAAGAGGUGUCGAAACCACCAGAAGAUUUUUACUAGAGUGGAUAUCAUUUUUACAUAGAUAUGUACCAGUUGGUAUUUUGGAAAAACCACCACAAAGAAUUAAUGAGAGGCCACCGUUCUACACGGGGCGUAAUGAUAUGGAGACACUCAUGGCUAGUUCAAAUUGUGCUAACUGGAUAAAAAUUUCGGAGAUGCUGCUUGGAAAAGUGCCUGAUGGAUUCCACUUCUUGCCUAAACACAAGGCGAAUUCGUGGAAAUAGAGACAAUUCAAACUUUGUAAAAGUAAUCUGUACAUUACGAUACUUUUUGAAGUAAAGUUACGUCAAAA